AAUACGGACCAUUUAGUAAUUUCACUCUAUUUUUCAAAGAACAAAAACUCAAGAAGAAAAUAACGAGGUCAGUAGGGGAGUAAAGGACCUUCAACUCUACAAAAUCCCUAAUCACACAACAGUAACCACCAACUUCACAGCAAAAAUAAUUUCAAAUAAAUUUCCAUCUUUGGGUAUUUGCCGCUCCUUUGAUUUUUACCACAUAUAUUUUUACAGCUCUACGCUUUCUAAAUCUCUGUUGAAUUUCCAAUCCUCUUUUUAUUCUUCCAGCAGCUAUGGAUUCGCCUUGGAGAGCAUCUCAGACUUCUUUGCCGAAUUAUGGUGAAACUAAUGGUUCAAUUCCGCUGCAUCCCCAACCGCUUAAUGUGGCCCCCAUCAGCUCUGUUCCAUACACUGGCCCUCCUCUACCAUAUGGUUAUCAUGCUUCAUCUUCACCAGAUAUCAAUGCUGGAUCGUCCAGACAUAUCAACUCUCAGCAGCAUGCUGGGGGUCAGCCUGCAAUGAUUUUUUUCUCUUCUUGUCCAGCCAGAGAGGAGUGGGACGAUCUUAUCAAUCAUGCUAAUGGAGGGGUUGCCCUUACUGGUUCAGCUUUGUUGGGAAAGGUUGGGCCACUCAUUGGUUCAGUUGAUAUAGCUGAAUCUGAAGAUGCUUAUGCAUUCCGCAUUUCACUCCCUGGUGUCGCAAGGGAUGAAAAAGUCUUUCGUUGUGAUGUUGGACCGAAUGGGAGAAUUCUCAUAAAAGGGGAGAGUGGGACCGGAGAGAGCAAAGUUUGCAGGGAGAAUAUGGUUUUCAAGAUGCAAACUCAGAACUUAUGCCCACCGGGUGAAUUUACUGUUUCAUUCCAGCUACCAGGUCCAAUUGAUCAUCUAAACUUGUCUUGUGUUUUUGGAUCUGACGGGAUUUUUGAAGGCGUUGUGAAGAAAAAACCACAGGUCCUUUAAGGGGCAGUGACAUAUUUAGAUCAAAACCUUUCAUCUUUAUGGUAGGGAGAAGCCAAAUUUAGAAGACCAGGAGCAAUGCUGCAGUUGACUCCGGGACCUUUGUGUAGCUUUUAGCCUUAUUUUGCAUCAUGCUUUAGUUCAUUUGUGUGUAUGCCGUCUAGUUGGUUCCAUUGUUGAGACUUACUAAGGGUGUGGCUGCCCAAACUUGGCCACUUCUACAGAAUGGAAAGAUUGGGCUCAAACUAAUAGAUUUUGUGUUUCGUAUUUAAAGACCAAGUAUUUUGUCCUUUUUUUAA